CGCAAGGGAAUCAUGUUAUCAAAAAUCAACAUAGACACUUUUUAUGUUCUUGUUGGCUCGUGAAAUUGGAAACUGUUCCUAUAGUUGAUUAACCCUUGGGAAAAAAGAAAGUUUUUGGAACUUGCUUGGAAAACAACCAGCAACGGAUAUCAGUUUUGCAUUUGUUGACAUUUACCGCCGCUGAUAAAAUAUUGCGUUUUCACCGCUUGUUGUGUAUUUAUCAUCUGCGUUGAGAUCUUGGUUUCUCAAGAAUGCACAGGUCUAUGGAAAAAGCCCUUCUAUGCCUGCUGUUUUACUUUAAUUUUGUAGAUGGGAGCAAACAACAUUACGACGACUUGGAAAGACUCCAAAACCAUUUAUUCGCAAACUACAGUACAAACAUCAUUCCACAGAAAGAGAAGACAACUGCUGUAAAAGUAAAGUUUGAUAUAGCUCUCAAUCAAAUCAUUGACUUGGAUGAAAGAUUACAAACCAUGACUACCAUUGUGUGGGUGAGACUGUAUUGGAGCGACUUCAGAUUAAAGUGGAACAGCUCUGCGUAUGGAGGAAUUAAGUCUUUUGUCACUUCUUCAAAGAAAGUUUGGCUUCCAGAUAUUACCCUGUACAACAACGCAAACGACAAUUACGACAAAGAAAAAGAGGAGUAUUAUGGCCUUACAAUAAGUUCCAAAGGCAACAUAGGCUGGUUCUACCCAACAAUAUUUAAAAGUUCCUGUACUAUUGACGUCACUUAUUUUCCUUUUGAUGAUCAGAAAUGUAUCCUCAAGUUUGGCUCUUGGUCAUACCAUGGCCUGGGUCUGGACAUAUUCCACAGUGGACCAGGUGACACCGAGGCAUUUACAGAUAACGGUGAAUGGGUUCUAGUCGGUAUGCCUGUAACCAAGUUCAUCACUAAAUAUCGGUGUUGUCCAGAGCCCUAUCCAUUCAUCACGUACAACGUUGUAAUUCGCCGUCGAACUAUGUAUUACAUCCUGAACUUCUUAACGCCUUGUGUUCUUAUGUCGGCUUUGACAAUCUUGGGUUUUUUCCUUCCAGUGGAGUCGGGCGAGAGAAUGAAUGUGGGUGUGACGGUGCUACUGUCGCUAACUGUGAUACUUCUUUUGUUAGCCGAGGAGCUUCCAGCCACAUCCGAGGUAGUUCCUCUCAUUUCACGUUACUACACUAUUACAAUGAUAAACGUUUUCAUCUCGAUUGUUUUCACUUGUGUUGUCCUUACGUUCCACCACCACGCACCGACCCCUCUGCCGGCUUGGGUCCGACUCUUUAUUUGUCAGUGGUGCGCAAACACACUACGGGUGAAGAGAAAUAGCAAUACAAACGAAUCGUGCCUCUCGGCAAGAAGGUUCUUUAAAAAUCGCAGCAUGAGGAGACACUCACUCGGAGAGAGGCUUUACAGCGAGGAAAACGCAGAGAAUUCUACGACAAAUCCAUUUAAUAACGCAAAUCAAACACAGCCACCCGGCUCAGCAUCGACUGCAUCAAUUCAACUGAAGAAGCUCGAUGAUAGAAAUCCUAAUUUGCGGAGGCGAUCAAAUCAAGUUUCAAAAAAGUCCGAAGCUUUGGACGUUCUUGUACAAAGGACUAAGAAAGACGACGAGAAAGAAAGGCAUGUCGAAGAAUGGCACUUUGCUGCCAAGGUGCUUAAUCGAUUGUUCAUGUGGAUUGUUCUGUUCUUAGUUGUAUUCAAUUGUCUUAGUGUUUUAUUUUCGGCUCCGAGUGAGAACCUCAGCUAAAUCCAAUUAAAACUUAUGUUUGUUAUUAACGGAAAGUUCGCGUUUGUUAAGGCCAAACUGAACCUGGUCGAUAGGAAGACGCUCUGGUAUUAACGGAGCAUAUGAACACCUCCAUCCCUGCUCCGCCGAGUUCAAUUGCUUCAGUCCAUGCGCACCCAGCUGCUCGUCAGGAUAAUUAAAUUAAAGAACUUACUGCCCCAAUGAAGAAAGAAACAAAUUGCCCGAAAAUGUUAAGGAAUGAUAAUUCCUUGGAUAAGUUAAUAAAAUAUCUAAAUAAGAUUAAGUGAAAAGAUACUGAGAAUCGAUCGAUAAUUCUGCGACACUGACAAGUAAAUAAAUACUUGAAAAGAAAAACUAUGCCCUGUAAGAAAAUAGCAACAUAAUUACAAGGGAUGAGUCGUUCAAAACAUGCUGCAAGGACUUAAAAUGCAUGAAGUCACUCUUAAUGCCAGUUUUCCGUCCUUCCGUUGUUCUGGUUGUACGAGCUGAUGACCAAUAGGCUACUGAUCAGCACCACUCCCUUAGACCCUGUGGAAACAUAGACUAUUUUCCAUAGGGCAGUCCUUCCGAUACGUUGCGUUGCAGGACAAACCAAAUGUAAUAAAUAUGGAAUAAAAAAAGUAAGGCUGUA